AUGGCUAAAUUCAUUAAAUCAGGUAAAGUUGCUAUUGUUGUUCGUGGUCGUUUCGCCGGUAAGAAGGUCGUCAUUGUCAAGCCACACGAUGAAGGUACCAAGUCCCACCCAUUCCCACACGCCAUUGUUGUUGGUGUUGAAAGAAACCCAUUAAAGGUCACCAAGAACUUGGGUGCUAAGAAGACUGCUAAGAGAACCAAGGUUAAGCCAUUUGUUAAAUUAGUCAACUACAACCACUUGAUGCCAACUAGAUACUCUUUAGAUGUCGAAUCUUUCAAGUCUGCUGUUACUUCUGAAUCUUUACAAGAACCAUCCCAAAGAGAAGAAGCUAAGAAGGUUGUUAAGAAGGCUUUAGAAGAAAAACACCAAGCUGGUAAGAACAAAUGGUUCUUCCAAAAAUUACACUUUUAA